GCUGUGGGACUUCCUCUCACUCACUGUCUUCCACUCCUCAGAAUGAGAAGCAGUUUUUCUCUCUCUCUCUCUCUCUCUCUUUCUGUUUAUCUCUCUCUGUCUGAGUGCUAGCAUCUGGGUGCUGUGAGCAGACAGCGACAGGGGUUGGAGUAACCAUUAAGACCAGCUCACCGUGUGUUUGCCGCUUUGGGCAAGAUGCUAAGAAGGAAAUCCUCCAAUGCCUCUGAGAAGGAGCCAGCCCAGGUCCCCAAGAGGAAGCUCACCCUACAGAGGUCCAGUAGCUUCAAGGACUUCAUGAAAUCCAAGCCAGCCUCGCCAGUGGUAGCAGACAAGGAGUUUCACGUGGAUGAGACUCUGCCAGAGGACAUACCCGUGGAGGAUGCUGGGAAAAGCAGUGGUAAACUGGGGAAAAAAUGGCGGGCCGCCAUCUCACGCACCAUGUCUCGAAAGACCUCCAGAAUGGUGCAGAAAACCCUGUCAGAAGAAGGGGGUGAGAGUGGAGAGGAGGACUCCACGCCCCGCUUGUCCAAGGACUGGACAAAAGAUACGUGCCCCAGGCAGCGAACAUCUUUAUGCUCCAACGAAUCAGAGGACACCGCUCACCCUCCCCUUUCCCGCCAAUUUUCAGGCUGUGGCGACAGACAGAGCCUGGACAGCGGCUACAGUCAGAGGGACAGCAUGCGGCUGGAGGACAGCACCUACACUGGGCCCUUCUGCGGCCGCGCCCGGGUCCACACGGACUUCACCCCCAGCCCCUACGACAUCGAGUCCCUCAAGCUGCAGAAAGGUGACAUCAUUGAUAUCAUUGAAAAGCCACCAGUGGGCACGUGGACAGGAAAGCUCAACAACAAGGUGGGCUCCUUCAAAUUCAUCUACGUCACCAUCCUGCCAAAUGAGGUCACGCCCCCCCAGAAGAAGAAGACCCACAGAAAGAAUCACAAGUCCAGGCCCAAACCCAAAACCAUGCAGGAGGUGCUGGAGAAGAUCGGCCUGACUGAUCUUGGCUCCCUCCUCUCCAUGCAAGGCUUUGAGGACCUGGAGGACUUCAGUGAACUGAAGGGGCACCACCUCAAUGAGCUGAACAUCACCGACCCAGAGCAACGUGCGAAGAUCCUGUCCGUUGUGGAGUUGCUAAACGACUCCGAGGGCGAGUCAGAUGUGGAGGAGAAGAAGGAGAUGGAGACGGAGAAGGAGGAGGUGGAGGAGAAGGAGAAGGAGAAACAGGAGGAGGAGUGCAGCGCGAAGACAGACGCACCCCGAGACUCGGGCUGCUUUGAGAGCAGUGAGACCCUGGAGAACGGGCAGGAGGAAACGGUCCCGGAGCGAGGCCCGGGGCAGGAGCUUUCGGCGAGCCCCGACGCUGAGCUUACCUCUGUGGAGGGACAGUUGGAGGCGCUGACGGUGGCGGAGGAGGAGUCCUGAGAGACGCACGGUGAGCCCGUCCCCCCCCCCUCAGCAGAGUCCAGGGUGUCACUGCUGGGCCUGGAGGCGUUAAAAGCCAUCGUCCGCACACUUCCAGAAGGGCCGCCGCCGCCCAAAAUCUGAAUGUUUGAGUCACGCAUUCCAUGCAGUGACUCACACUCUUUUCCUAUGGUGCCCUUUGGAUUCCAUUUCAGGAGUCAACAGUCGCUUCAAAUAAAGAGGCAGCUAGAAGUGAGGGGAACACGGUUCCUUGUGGUUCGGUAAAGGAACCCUCUGUUUUCUUCCGUUUGCAAUCACUCUGCGGACCUCAAGAUUUUGAUCACUGUUUGAAGUGCCCAAUGGUUGUCUUCUUGUUAGGAAAGUGUCGUUUUACAUUGUUUGUUGAUGGACAGGCGAUGUACAAAAUAGCAUUAGUUGGCAAUGGCAAAAAUGUGUAGCGCCAUAUUUUUGUAGAAUCUAAUUACUUUUUUUUUUUCAGCAAGGACUGACUGAGAUGGUCUGUGUUCAGUGUUUUCCCUAUCCUUGCUAUUCUGUGUAUGCAUAUAUGCAUAUGCUAAUGUUUUACGAUUCUUUUUUUUCUGUUGUCUUUAUAGAUUGUAGCAGGUAUACUACAGUGGAUGUUUGAGGAUAUACUUAAUUUUUCAUUCUGAAUGUAAAAUGUUUUAAAAUUG